UCAGUGUCAUGAACUCGUGCCAGGCAUUUUCAGGAAGGCAAGCCCAUGAGUUUUAAUAUAAAGCUACUCGGAGUUAGCACUAACUCCCUCACCAUCAGUGUGUUCACAUAGGACUAUAUCAACCACAGGUUACUCCCUGGAGAUCUUUGACUUUCUGCCAUCAUUCUUGCAGAUCAUAAGCUCUAGGAAACAGCGGGACACUGAUUUUUUAACGUUUCAUGAUGAUGCAAGACUCUUUGCUAGGAGAAGUGGCAAAGUACAUAUUACUACUGACUCUUUCUGGCGUUUUAAGGAGUCUUCCUUUGGUCAGAGGCGAAACGUGUAAAUCCAACAUAAGAAUUAGACCCGUUGUCGACAUCUCUUCAAGUCCACAAAACAACAGAUCACCCAUUGGUGCCUCCAUAACCCUGAAUUGCACAGCCGAGCCUAGGAGGAAAGACUCAGUAUAUCUGGAUAGAUGGGUCGAUUAUAUCGAGUGGUAUGAUUCACAGGGUAGACAAGUUGGAGUUAAAUGCCGACAGCCCUCUAUCAUACAUGCUCAUAAACUUAAAUUAAGCUGCCCAUUGGUCCUUAAAAAUUUGACAGUUGAAAAAUUUGGCCCUUACACUUGCCAAGCAGGCAAUGGUUAUGCAAAACACUGCACAAGGAAAUCAUUUGAAAUAAGGAUCCAAGGUGCCCUAAUACCCGAGAUUGUUGAAGGUCCAAAGAAUCGAAGUGUCCUGAUCGGCUCCAAUGUUACUUUUAGCUGCACUGUCAAGGGUCUUCCGAGGCCAACUAUCCAUUGGAUAAAGGUCAAUACUUCACACAUUUUACGAACCAACCCUAGAGCACGAGUUAUUCAAGACAGCCAAACGAAUCGGAGCCAGCUGUUGAUUACAGGUGUAGACAUGGAAGAUUAUGGAAAAUACCAGUGCAUUGCAAACAACAGCUUUGGAAAAAGUCAGUCAGGAGUGGUUGUCUUAAACAUAGAUGUUCAAAAACCUGAGAUUGUUGAAGGUCCAAAGAACCGAAGGGUCUCGAUUGGUUCCAAUGCUUUAUUUAGCUGCACUGUUAAGGGUCUUCCGAGGCCAACCAUUUAUUGGAUAAAGGACAAUGCUUCAUACCCUUUACAGUCCAACCCCAGAGCAAGUGUCAUUCAGAAAGGCAACGGCAUUCGUAGCCUGCUCUUAAUAACAGGAGUACAGAAAGAAGAUUAUGGAAAGUAUCAAUGCAUUGCAAAUAACAGUGCUGGAAGAAAAGAAUCAGGAGUGGUUUUUUUAAUCCUAAGGAAUUUAGAAAAGCCGGAGAUAGUCGAACAUCCAAAAAGCCAAACUUAUUCUGUUGGUUCCGACCUACUUUUCAGCUGCACCGCCACUGGUUUUCCCAAGCCAAACAUUACAUGGAUUAAGAGCAAUGAUCCAAAUGUUACAAAAACCAAUCCAAGGUUCAAAACCAUUCUUGAUUUAGUUGCCACAAAAUCCCACAGUGUGCUGCUGAUAACAGGGGCGACGAAGGAGGAUGCGGGCACAUAUCAAUGCUUUGUAAAUAACAGCGCAGGAGAGAGGACGUCGAAUGUCGCCUCUUUACAGAUAAAGGAAG